AUGUUCGUCACGACUUCGUAUUCCAUCGCUUUCAAAGUGUACUUUCUCCCAUACCACCAUCAGAAGAGCCACAAGAUUCCCAAGAUGAAGAUUCCAGCCAUCGUCCUGGCCACCACCUACGGCCUCGCAUUCUCUGACGUCGCUCUCUCCAUGCCUACUCACAACGACGCCAAACCUUCCAUAGUCCGCAGCCUGUGGCCUCGUGGUAACGGCACCGAAUGGAUGCUCAAGUGCAGUCACGGCAGCUGCUAUUCUAUGGUAGGCUGUACCUCGGAAGGGGCUGUCACCCACAACGAUCCUAGUUGCUGGCAGAUGUGCACGUGCAUCGCCUACAACACAACAGACAUCGUGACAGGGCUUUAG